AUGGAGGGGGAAUCGACGGCAUUAAAAACAAAUUUAACAGAGUGGAGGUUCAACCAAUAUCCGAAAUAUAUUUUGCUGCCAAUAGACGAAAAUCACGAGCAAAUUCGAGCGAACGUUAUGAAUGUUAUAUUUUCUGAGGUUAUACCACGUCCGCUAGACCGUAACGUCCGCUUAGUUUGCGCAUCUGACGAAGUUCUUAGAAAUAUUUUAGAUAUGGAACCAGGUAUAACUUGUCAAGAAGAGUUUCUAGAAUUUAUUACUGGUCGGAAACUACCGUACGGUGCUUUGCCUGUCGCACAUCGAUAUGGUGGACAUCAGUAUGGUUUAUGGGUUGGGCAAUUAGGAGACGGAAGAGCACAUAUUCUGGGGGAAUAUGUAAACAGAAAAGGCGAACGCUGGCAAUUGCAGUUAAAGGGCUCCGGGCAAACUCCUUACGCUCGUAUGCACGAUGGUCGCUCUGUGCUACGCUCGAGUAUUCGCGAAAUGGUGGCCAGUGAGGCUUGCUACCAUUUGGGCAUACCAACAACGAGAGCUGCCGCUUUAGUUGUAAGCGACGACUUCGUAACCCGAGACCAAUUCUACUCGGGAUGUCCACGUCGCGAGCAAGCGGCAAUUUUGCUCCGGUUGUCACCCAGCUGGUUUCGUUUUGGCUCUAUGGAGAUAUUGGCGAAGACUGGAGAAAUAUCUGUCCUAAGAUUACUUGCCGAAUUUGCUAUAAAGGAAUACUUUCCCGAAAUACAUUCCACGGAUGAAAAUCGAUUCAUACGACUAUUUUCUGAGGUAGCGCAUAGGACCUUAGACCUGGUUGCUAAGUGGCAAGGGUUGGGCUUCGCACAUGGCCUUUUGAAUACAGACAAUAUGAGUCUACUUGGUCUAACACUUGAUUACGGCCCAUUUGGUUUUGUCGACUCUUACGAUGGAGGGUUUGUCCCCAACUGUUGCGAUGGAGAAGGACGAUACGCUCUCGCUAAACAGCCUGACGAAGACAAGAGCGGAAGAAAGAGAUGA